CAUGUCCAUGUCGCCGUGUCCGUGUCUGUGCAUCAUAGGUUUUGAUAGUAGAAAAGAGUUAAGAUUUUCAUUCCAGGCACUUGCAGCUUGCUUCACUACAUAUAAUGCCUUUUUCAACUUAUGUAUAUAAUUAUAAUAUAUUGAGCUUUCAAAUCUAUGUAGUUAUUCAACUACAAAAUUCACGAAAGCAUUCUUAGUAUCCAUUUAAUAUAACUUGAAACCUCUAAAACAUGUAAAUAUAAGUAGUUUAAUAACUUCUGAACAGAUACAGGGGCGAAAUUUUUCUUAAAGGCAAUUACUUUUAUCUGAUUAAACCCUUUUUAACUAGUCUUGCCUUAUUUCUAGCAAUUAAUUCAGAGUUAUUUAAUUUAUUUUUUAAUACUCAUUCGGUUUCAAUUAUACUCCAAUCAGAUGGUCUAAGGACUAAUCUUCAAACAUUAUUACGAGCAAAUCGAUUACAUUCUUAUACAUUACCAAAACCCAAAAUUCAACUACCAAAGCAUUUUCAACUCUAGUUGGUCUUAAGCGAUAUAAAGUCAGUCUCGCUAACUUCUUCUCACUAACUUCUUGUUGAAGUGCAUUUCUAGUACACCAACGAUUAUCUUCACCCAUAAUCUGAAAAGUUCUUCGACAACAAGCGAAAUGUCUGGCAGAGGAAAGGGAGGCAAGGGAUUGGGAAAGGGCGGUGCGAAGCGCCACCGCAAAGUUCUCCGAGACAACAUUCAGGGAAUUGCGAAGCCGGUGAUCCGGCGGUUGCCAAGGCGUGGCGACGUUAAACGGAUCAGUGGUUUGAUCUACGAGGAGACCCGUGGCGUUCUGAAGAUCUUUCUUGAGAAUGUUAUCCAUGAUGCUGUCGCCUAUACGGAGCAUGCUCGCUGGAAGACUGUCACAACCAUGGACGUAGUCUACGCGCUCAAGCGCCAGGGGCAUACUCUUUAUGGCUUUGGCGAGUAAAAAGCUAGGGUUUGUGCUUGGGGUUUGGGCUAUUCAGAUGUGUAGUUUUCUACUGCUUUAAUGCACUAAGAUAUUUGGGUUUUUAUCUCAGAAUCUGAUUUCAUCGUUUAAUGAUAAUGCAUUAUGUUUUAUGAAUCUGUAUUGUGAAGUGCAUGAUAUCCUUUUGAGGAUUUCAGAAUUUCUAUUUUGUUUCCUUAAAAAAAAUGCAUUUCUUGUAUUGAUGUUGAUAGAAGAAUUUCCAAUUUUUUUAAUCUUUAGGAUAACUAGAUAUUCAUUAUCUAGAUAGUAUUUCUAAUUUCUUUUUGAGCAUGUCUAAUUUUUCAAGUUUGGGAAACUCACCAUUCUCUAGAUUGACUAUGGAUAACAGAUUCAUCAAAAUUGACAUGUAGAUUCUUAUACUAUUAAAAUUCUUUUAUAAAACACUAAAUAAUUUUCUUACUGAUGAAUAUCCAAAAAUAUAACCUUAUCUGAUUUGGCAUUGAACUUGCCUGGACAUGUUUUUAUUAUUCAACAUGAAAUACUAACAGCCAAAUAUAUAUAAAUAUGAUAAGUUUGAGGUUCUACCGUUAAGCUAUUCACAUAUAGUUUUGUUCAUCCUAAAAUGAAUAUUUACUCUAUUUAUUACGUAACAUGCAAUAUCGACAACCUCAGCCUAAAAAUACUUAGGUAGGUUAUAUUCAUUGAGCAUAGAACAAGAAGCUUCUAUCAAAAUCCUAUUCAUUUCUUUUUGUCAUUCUAUUAUGUUAAGUAUAUUUUGUGCAGAGAAUUUCAGACUUAUUCCUAACUCCUUUAAAAAAAUUUAAUUUAUCAUUAUCAAAUUUCCCUCUAUCACCACUGUGGAUAGUAGAUAUUAAAUAACCUCUUUUUGUUAAAUUAAUUUUGCAAACAUUUUAAAAUCAGUGGAGGAGGCAUUCUUAUUUGUUAAGAAUCUGACCCAGAUAAAUCUUGUGUAAUCAUCUACAAUGAUAAAAUCAUAAAACUUAUAUCAUAGACUAACUGUACUAAUUGGGUAAAAUAAACACGUGCAUAA